AUGCACACCAUAAGCGGCACAUACACGUCCCGUCUGCGCAAAAUAAUUAAAGACGACGAUCUCGCGGAGCUUCUCUGGUCGCGGCUUUCGAGGAUCUACCAGGGUGCAGAGGUGGAGGACGAAGAGGGACAGGUGUGGUCCGCAGUGGGAUUGAAUACCUGUUUUAGGCUUUGUAAAUAUAAGGCAGGUGACGGAUUCAGCGCCCACAUCGACGGCCGCCGCCUUGCAACAGUCGACACCCAGUCCUUCAUGACUGUCAAUAUUUAUUUGAACACUGUCCCGACAGAGCGCGGCGGAGCAACACGCUUCAUCCUUGACCCAACAGCAACAGGCUCCUCUGACACCGCGGCGAGCACAGUGCUCUGCCAGAAUCAGCCCGUCCAAGGCUCUGCAGCGAUUUUCCGCGACGACGUCUACCACGACGGAGAGGUUCUUCUGUCUGGGGUGAAGUACCUGUUGAGAACGGACAUGAUGUUUCAGCGCGCACGGCCGUUGAUUUUGGGGGAAAUAUAUCCUUCGCCGAAAUUUGGGGCCAAGGAACGAGCCUUGAAGGCGUUGGAUCUCGCCCAGCGACUGGAAGAUGCGGGCAACAGGGAGGAGGCGAUCCGGUGGUACAAACUUGCUUUUCGCUUAGACAGCGAGUUGGAGAGGCAUUCGUAG